AUGGAAGGAGAGCCUCCACUCUCGUUCGCCUGGCUCAAGAAUGACGAGAAGAUCGAAAGCGGCGCCAAGUUCACCGUGGAGCACGUCGCUGGGAAGAUGACUACGUUAACCGUCCGCGAGGUGUCGGCGGCCGACAUCGGAAACUACACGUGCACGGUUUCAAACGUCGCCGGCAGCGACCGAUACGCCGCUGCCCUGCUCGUAACCGUCGAGCCACCGAGGCUGCAGCCCUUCACUUUUCCAGUCAUCAAGCAGGCCUCGAAGAAAGUGACCGUGCACUGCGCCGUCUUCGAAGGAAGCGAACCGCUGCAGUUCGCGUGGUUCAAGGACGGGUCGAGGCUCAGUAGCGGCGGCGCCAGGAACCAGGUGAAACAGCUCUCCGGAACUGUGUCUUCUCUCACGAUACCGCAAGUCGGCGCCGAGGACAUCGGCAACUACACGUGCACAGUCAGCAACGCUGCCGGCUCGGACAGCGUCACGUCGCCGCUUCUCGUCAAAGAGCCACCUCGACUUCACCCCUUCGCAUUCCCCAAGGACCAUCCGCUGGGACAGGCUAUCGCCGUCACCUGCAUCGCCAGCCAAGGCGCCCAGCCGCUGCAUUUCGAGUGGCUCAAAGACGGCCGACCACUGCCGGCUCAGGGACACAAAGCCAUCUCCAAAAUGGUCACCGCAACGGUGUCCGUCCUCACCGUGCUAGACGUCGGUGCCGAGGACGUAGGAAACUACACGUGCACGGCUACCAACGCCGCGGGAAGCGAUGGCUUUACGGCAGAGCUCGUCGUUGCCGAAGCCCCGAAGCUGCAACCCGUGUACAUCGCCAAGGAUCACCCCCUGCUCGAAACCCUCGUGGUGUCCUGCAUCGCCAUUCGGGGAAGCCAGCCGCUCAAGUUUGCCUGGUUUAAGGACGGCCGUGCCUUGAACGAGGGGACCAGGGCGCUGCCUCGGUCGCUGACGGAUACGCUGUCGACGCUGACAAUUCCGAAAGUCACCGCCGAAGACGUCGGCAACUAUACGUGCCGCGUAUCCACCGCGGUCGGAAGCGACAGCUACAGUGCCGAGCUGCUCGUCACAGAACGGCCUCUAAUCAUGCCAUUUUCGUUCCCGGAGAACGCUGUGCUCGGGCAGAAAACCACGGUCACGUGCGUCGUCUCAAGCGGUGCGGGUCCCUUCCGUUUGGCGUGGACGCACGACGCUAAGCAAGUCGACAGCAGCCACAGGAGGCACGUCAAGAUAUUUUCGGAGAACGUGGCCGCUCUGACCAUCGAAGCUAUCGCCGCCGAGGACGUUGGCAACUACACGUGCACGGUGUCGAACGCCGCAGGGAGCGCCAGCUACACAGCUGCUCUCCGUGUGGAAGCGCCUCCGAUGAUCAUGCCCAUCUCCUUAGCCAACAAUAUCGCCCUGGGAGAGAAGAUCCUGCUCACUUGCGCCGUGACGCGGGGAACGGCACCGUUCGAAAUUCGCUGGACUCACGAAGGCAGGCCCGUUACAAACACGAAGAACAAGUACGCCGCUUCCGUGACAAGCAACAUCGCGACUCUGACCAUUGAAAAGGUGACGGCCGAGGACGUUGGAAACUACACGUGCUCCGCCAGCAACGACGUUGGCAGGGACACAGUUACAGCGACGCUGAUGGUAGAAGAGGCUCCCCGGAUUCAACCGUUCGCUUUUCCGAAGGAGCCUCUGGCAAACUCCAAGAUGGUCAUCUCUUGUAACGCCCACGUCGGUACGGAACCAAUCACAUUUGUCUGGCUUCGGGACGGCCAAGAGCUACGCUCCGGAACUAAGGUCAAGCAGAAGAUAAUCACCGAAACUGUCAGCAUGUUGAUCAUACCGGAAGUGUCUUCGGAGGACAUCGGCAACUACACCUGCGAGGCAACGAACCGCUUCGGCCGAGACACGUUCACAGCGCCACUAGUUCUAACAGAAUCGCCAAAAAUCCAGCCGUUUUCUUUUCCGAAGAACCACCCAGUCGGAAAAGACGUGACAGUGACCUGCUUCGCAACAGAGGGUGCGCUGCCGCUGACGUUUGCAUGGCUCAAGGAUGGAAGAAAGUUAGCCAGUGGCUCGAAGUUCGCCGUAAGGAAUGCACUCGACAAGAUGUCUACGCUCAUCAUACACGAAGUCUCGGGAGCUGACAUCGGCAACUACACCUGUCAGGUGUCAAACGAGGCCGGAGACGACGUGUUCACCGCAAGUCUCCUUGUAACUGGUGGGUCAAAUUCGCUCAGCUAGCGCCUUGUG